AGGGACUCACAAGGACGCCUCCCGGCUGCUUGCCUCUCUUCCGGGGGGCUAGGAUGGCAGGCCCAGGGGUCUCACAGGGGCACACGACGGCCUUCAAAUUCAGGCAGCACCUGCCAGGCCGAGCCCCUGGGCCGUCUGUCUGUGCCCCACAGCCCCUCUCCCUCCCCAUUGGCCCACCCCAGGCUGGCUCAAGGCUCCGGGUUGGCUGGACGUCCACGGCAGGGUCAGGUGGGUGGGGAGAUUUAAACGCAGUGCCCUGGCGGCCGGAAGGAGGGUGACAAUGGGACCAGGGAGGCUGACGUGCGCGCUGGUCUUGGCGCUUAUGCUGGCUAUGGGGUCCCGGCCACAGGAACAGCUACCCAGGGAGUCCCACAACCUCAACUGGAGCAAGUUUUCAGGGUUCUGGUACAUUCUGGCUGUCGCCUCUGAGGGCCAGAGAUUCUUGCCAGGCAGAGACAGGAGGAAGCUGGGGGCAUCCAUGGUGGAGGUCCACAAAGUGGGCCAGCUGAAGGUGGUCCUUGCCUUCAGCAGGUCACAGGGGUGCCAGUCACACACGUUAAUUCUGCGGAAAGAUAGGAAAAAGGCGAUGUUCAGGAAUACUUGUGCGUAUGAAGGCCCAGAGCCUGGAGAGAAAGACCUGGGGGGGGUAGAGGGCUUCCACGUGCUGUCCACCGACUACAGCUACGGCGUGGUCUACGUGCGCCUGGGCCGGGCUGGCCGGACCUCCAAGACCCUGCUGCUCUUCAGCAGGCAGAACACGUCCAGCUUCCCGAGCAUGAAAAAAUUCGUAGACAUAUGUGAGAUUUUGGAGCUCGCAAACGGUGUGACUGUUCUCCCGAAAGACGCCUCGUGUGCCCACACCAUCCUGCCCUGAGAGCCAGCGUCCACCCACCCGUCCCCUCGGGGCUCCACCCGCGGUCCCCCUUGACCCGGGGAACAUUGCUCAAGACUGCAGGUCCUCACAUCCAACGGCCUAUUGAGACGCGUUUGAUGACCCCAGGCCACUGAUGGGGUGAAGUCCAGGGCCAUGGCUGUAGCCCAAGAGGGAUCCUUU